AUGCGGAAACCACUGGCAUCCUUUCCGGUGGUUCUUCAGCCCCACGGGAACCACCGCGGUCCGCGGAGCCAGCGCGGUCGCCCGCGGUUUGAGGUGAAGAACACCUUGCACCAAGUGCUGCGUCGAGUGGAUGCCAAUGGGGAUGGCUACAUAGACAAGGAUGAACUGUUCUUUGUUUUGGACAGAGUGGGCACGUUCAAAAAGACCAAAUGGUCCAAUCUGCGUGAGACAGUGGACAAGCUUCUAGCAGGACUAGACACGAAUUCUGAUGGCUUCGUUGACAUACAGGAAUUCUUAGAUUGGGUGCUUCUGGACAAGACAAAAGCGUGCCCAACGACGUCUUCCCUGCAGAUCAAGCACGUCUUCCUUUCGGCCGGGAGGUUGUGUGCUGAGGAGCGCAUCGCCCUCUUUGAGUUGGAAGCCAAGGAGAACAAUGAGAUCCUUCUCCGAGCUGGGCUAGGCGAAUUGAUGGACCCCAAGCGGCUCUUGCUGUCGGUGGGAUCCUCCUCGACCCAGGCCUAUGAUGCCAAGGGCCUCACCGUCUCGGUGCCCACCGGAACGAAGGUCGCCAGUGACCGAGCCUUGAGGGAGCUGGUGGAGGCCAUCACAAGAGUGGGGGAAAGCUAUGAGCAGAUCUUGCUGAUCAACUCGAUUGGAUAUUUUCUGCAGCCCGACGACCCGGUGCUGCUGGAGCUCAGCGAGUUGGCUCGGCGGCGGCCGGACAGCGCCGCCGAGCGCUUCGAUGCCAUGCUUCGGAAGGCGGUCGAGCUGUGCCGCUGUGCGGACCCCAACACCAAGCGGUACAAGUUCCCACAGCUCUUCAACGACUUUAGCCUCUCUUUGACCAAGGGCUGUGGCUUGCCGAUAGGCGCACUGGACUUUCACCCCGACAUCAUUGUCGACUGGGGCGGCACCUCCUAUAAGGUCUUCAUGAAUGGCAAGCGGAUUGGUACCGAGGUCAUGGAUGCGAAUGCCUUUCUGUGCGAGGGUGGCACUUUGCACCGAGACCGUGGCUUGGUGCAGAUUCAAUCUAUUCCAAUCUAG